AUGUGUAUGUUCCGGGCUGUGAACGAGAAGACGGACGUCGAGAUGCACAACGAGCAUCCCCGGGAACUGCUUGGGCUCAUGCGCAAGUACAAGCUCUAUGCAAACCUGAAGAAGGGCAUCUUCGGUGCGAGUGAGAUACCCGUGCUAGGGUGUCUCGUUGGAAAGAAUGGCGUGCACCCUGACCCCGAGAAGUCCGUUUCGAUGGUCUUCGUGUUUGGCCUUCCGCGCGAUUCCAGGUGGAAGAUUGGUAUUGUGGUCUUUGUGGACCGCUUCAACAAGAUGGUGCAUCUCGCUGCUGUCGCAGCGGAGGUGACCUCCGUACAGACGGCACGUCUGUUCGUCGACAUGGUGUUCAAGCACCAUGGCAUGCCCAACGACUUUGUGUCGGACCGCGAUCCGCGCUUCACGGCGCGUUUCUGGCAAGAAGAGUUGAACCGCGUGCUCGUGGACUUGCUGAAACGCUACGCCCAGUCGUUCCAC